AUGUCCACAACCUCCAUCAUCAGCACAAUCGCGCAAACAGAAGUCUUCACAAUCGCAGGCGACACCAGCAGCGAAGAUUGGGACACAUACGUCGUCACAUACACGAAUCUCGGCCCUCUCACAACGACUUUCACGCCUCCAAGCUCCAAUUGUUACUCUUGGCAACCAGCAAACAUACGGCUUUGGUCCAACAGUUCCAUCGUCAGUCUGCCUUGCAGCGUCUACAACGGCAACUUGACCUCCUCGUCGCUUAGCUGUGAGCCCUCCGGACUAUCCUGGUCAUCUCUCUUGUUUGCGAAGUCUUCGGAGAUCAGUUCUGAUACUGCUGUCUGGGCUUCGCUUUUGUCGCCGGGUUUGUACUGUCCGCAUGGUUAUACGACUGGGACUUCGGCUGCGCUGGCCCAGUCUGAUUUGGAGACGAUCUCUUCGUAUACGCUGAGGGUUCCUGGGACUCAUGUUCAGUGCUGCUUGAGAGGAUAUACUUGGGAUCAAAGUCUUGACGCGUGCGCAUCAACGAUCACCACCGCUACAUCGACCGAUCUAUGCGAUUAUUACUGCACCAACCCUUGCGUCAAUUAUCGGCCCUCCAGCUAUGCGAAUGGAUCGAUGAGCUGUGCGCUGACCAGUACGUGUGGGAAACCUCAACCGUUUACCUGGAGUCCACAGGACACAGGUCAGAUACCCGUCGUCUAUCGAAAUGCCGUGUACAUGAUCCACCACAAGCACGAUUUCCCGGGGCACGGUAAUCUAUCAACUCCGGCCACGAUUGCGAUCAGCGUCGUCAUCCCGGUGGUGGUUAUCGCCGCCCUUAUUGGCAUGUGCUUCUUCAUAAUGAAGAAACUGCGGCAAACAAAAACCAUGAGCUUUAGCAAGGGCUCGUAUGCGGACGUGCGGAUGCAGAGUUUGAAUGGCGCAACUUCGCAACUGGCAGAGGAUCCGAUAUCUCUGAUUCCGAAGCAUGAAAUGCCGAAGCGGAGGUGGCAUUGGGUGUAG